UCACAUUCAGACUUGGUUUAAAGCUUUCCCAAAUCUCUGCACAUGGUUUUCUCCAGUUUCACACACUGCUCGACUCAGAGAGAGAGUGAGUGAUCCAAUGCGGUGCUCUCCACUGCACUUAUGGUGCAUAUCAGUGGUCGUUUUCUUGUCGGUUACCAGAACCCUAGCCGCCGAUCCUUACGUCUUCUUCGAUUGGACUGUCUCUUACCUCACUGCUUCUCCUCUCGGCACUCGUCAACAGGUAAUUGGGAUAAAUGGGCAGUUCCCUGGACCAAUUCUAAACGUGACUACGAAUUGGAACGUUGUUAUGAAUGUGAAGAAUAAUCUUGACGAGCCACUGCUUCUUACAUGGAAUGGAAUACAACAAAGGAAAAACUCAUGGCAAGAUGGUGUUUUAGGAACUAAUUGUCCAAUUCCUGCUGGUUGGAAUUGGACUUAUGAGUUUCAAGUUAAAGAUCAGAUUGGGAGUUUCUUUUAUUUCCCUUCUACAAAUUUUCAGAGAGCUUCUGGUGGGUAUGGACGGAUUAUUGUCAAUAAUCGAGAUAUCAUUCCGGUUCCUUUUGCUCGUCCUGAUGGUGAUGUUACUCUCUUUAUCAGUGAUUGGUAUACUAAGAGCCAUAAGAAGCUGAGGAAGGAUGUUGAGGGUAAGAAUGGUCUUGGACCUCCAGAUGGUAUUGUCAUCAAUGGAUUUGGACCUUUUCCUUACACUCGAGAGCUUGCUAAGAAUGCGAUUCCUUUUGGGAUUAUAAACGUUGAACCAGGAAAAACAUACCGUUUCCGUGUUCACAACUCUGGGAUUGCAACCAGCUUGAAUUUUAGAAUACAGAAUCAUAACUUACUUCUUGUUGAGACAGAAGGGUCAUACACAGUUCAGCAGAAUUAUACAAACAUGGACAUUCAUGUGGGUCAAUCUUUCUCAUUUUUGGUCACUAUGGAUCAAUCUGGUAGUAAUGACUACUACAUUGUUGCCAGCCCAAGGUUUGUUACAUCCGUCAAAGCUAGUGGAGUCGCUAUUUUGCGCUACUCUAGUUCUCAAGGACCCGCUUUAGGUCCACUCCCUGAUCCUCCUGUUGAGUUGGACACAUUUUUCUCAAUGAACCAAGCUCGAUCCAUAAGGUUGAAUCUCUCGGCUGGGGCUGCCCGCCCAAACCCUCAGGGAUCUUUCAAAUAUGGCCAGAUCACAGUAACUGAUGUGUAUGUGAUUGUCAACCGACCACCAGAGAUGAUAGAAGGACGUUUGCGUGCCACUCUUAAUGGUAUAUCGUAUAUACCUCCUUCAACACCCCUAAAGCUUGCUCAGCAAUACAACAUCUCAGGGGUAUACAAGUUGGAUUUCCCAAAAAGACCAAUGAAUAGGCAUCCCAGGGUUGAUACCUCUGUCAUAAACGGCACGUUCAAGGGAUUCGUGGAAAUCAUAUUUCAGAAUAGUGACACCACUGUUAAGAGCUACCACUUGGAUGGUUAUGCAUUUUUUGUUGUUGGGAUGGACUUUGGUCUGUGGACAGAAAAUAGCAGAAGCACAUACAACAAGGGGGACGCGGUUGCUCGAUCUACUACGCAGGUGUAUCCUGGUGCAUGGACGGCCAUCUUGGUUUCUUUGGACAAUGCUGGCAUGUGGAACCUUCGAAUAGACAAUCUCGCCUCAUGGUAUCUGGGCCAAGAAGUAUACUUGAGUGUGGUUAAUCCAGAGAUUGACAUGGACUCAUCUGAGAAUUCCGUUCCUGGAAACUCCAUAUAUUGUGGUCGGCUCUCACCAUUACAAAAAGAUCAAGCACAAAGGGUAAAGUUUUCGGGAUCACCACGAUCCAUCUUUGUGACAAGCAGAGCGUUUCUCCUCGCUCUUUUUGCAAUCUUAGUCAGUAGUUUAGCAAGAUGACGAUUCUUAGCUUCUCUGGCCUGAUAGCAAACCUGCAACUGCAACGCCACUCCCGUCAUUUUAGAAGUUCGUAGCGUUGGUGUAACAGUAGAAGCUUGAAGAUCACAGAUGCUAUGUUUCUUGUUUAUGCGUAGAGUUUAUUCAGCCAAUCAAUAUAAUGUUAUGCCGUAAGGCUUGCAUUAAAAUAGAAAAUUAUUAUUAGAUGAACUUAGUGAGAACACUACAUCAUGUUUGUAAUACUAAGAAGAUUCUUGAUAAUACCGCAAAGUAUUCCGAUAAGGACAUCUCUGGAGAAAUGAGAAUGGUGAUGCUAAGACCUGA